AUGUCGAAUACGAAUGAUGAUAAAACAUCAGAAGAAACCCCACCGUUAGGAGCCGUGCUUGGUUGGCUUAAUCUUUCACCAACAUUACCGGACAAUAUGACAGGAGCUACAGCAGCUUCUCCACCACGGUUUAUCGACUAUAAUCAAUUAAUGGAAGCGAAUCGAAAUGCUCAAAAUCUUCAACUAGCACAUGAAAUCGUAUUUAAUAAAGAUUUUCAACUGGCAUUACCAGAAUAUGAAAAAGGAAGCAUUACUGAAAAAGUUCAUGAUACGAUGCAUACAGCAUUUUGGGAUAUACUACGAGCAGACUUAGUUGCUGAUCCACCACGUUAUGAACAUGUUGUUAAAUUAAUUGGUGAAGCAAAAGAAGAUGUUAAAAGUUUAGUAUUACCUCAUCAAACAACGCUGAAAAAUCAAAUCGAGGAAGCGAUUGAUCUCGAUACGAUAAAACGUCGAUUUGAAGCUAAAGCAGCGGAUCCUCAUGAAUAUACAAAAUAUUUUAUUGAUUUAAUGGCGACUCUCUGUGCUGAAUGUCGAGAUGAAAAUAUCGCAAAAUUACGAACAAUUGAAGAUCCAACUGAUUGUUUUAGAAAUAUUAUGGAAGUAUUAAGUUUAAUGAAACUUGAUAUGGCUAAUUUUAAUAUUCGACAAUAUCGACCUUUGUUACAACAACAAGCAAUUGCCUAUGAAAAAUCGACAUUUGAUAAAUUUAUGGACAAUCAACGAGGAAUGGGUAUUGAUCCAUUGGCAUCAACAUACAAAUGGCUUGAGCGCGCUUUCAAUCGAUUAAAAACAAAAGAUACAAUCGGUUGGUAUCAUAUACCAACAGAUACAACAACAUCUAUUCCGCAUGAAAGCUCAUUAGUUAUUCUUAACGAAGCAUAUUGUGAACUUUUACUCUGGAACACAAAAUAUACAUUUCCUGAAACAUUGGAAUUAGAUGAAAUUCGUUAUAAUCAAGUACAUAUUGCAACAAUGCGUUUGUUAAUAAUAUCAGCAAUAAUGACUGUGUUAUCACAUUUAACAGGCUCGAUUCUACGUGAAUAUGAACCGAUUAAAAUUAUGCUCAAAUCAGAAAUGAUUAUUUUAUUAGAUGAUUUUCCACAAAAAAGAAAAUUAAAAGAUGUACUAAUAUCAAUUAGCGAACAAGUAGUUAAAACAACUCGUGAUGAAUUAAAUAAAUUUGAUAGAGCAAAAAUUAUUACUGAUAACGAACAACAGAUAAAAGAUGCCAUAAUAGUUAUUGGUGAAAAUCAUGUUAUUGAACAUGCUGUUUUUAAAUUAUUAUUUCAGCGUUAUGUAGGUUUUGUUCAUAAUGUAUUAGAUCAUUCUCCAAGUGGUACAUCUUUAUCGAAUGUUGCAAUACCAAAUGGAUUGAAUAUUGUCAUGAAUGAAGUUGCGUCAACUGUUAGUUUUUUUCUUCGUUUAAUAACUUACAAUAGAAUGGUUUUUAAUGAACAUUACGAUCGAAUUAUAUCACAACUACAGUCAACAUCUUCAUCGAACAAAUAA